AUGGCUGGCGUCAUUCUGACGACGUCGCUGCAGCAACUUGCCUUGGGGGCAAGCUUCAACCAUGCUUUGGACGGUGUCGCGUGGCAGUCGUCCCUGCAGGAGGUCAUUCUUGGAAAAACCUUUAAUCAGCCGAUCGGGCGGGCCAAGUUUCCGGAAUCGCUGCAGAAGCUCAGAUUCCACAGGAGGUACUCGUGCUUCAUCCAAUCGAUAGCUGGAGAGAUUUUGCCGAUGUCGCUGCAACAGCUUGCCUUCGGGGCAAACUUCAACCUUCCCGUAGAAGGUGUCGUGUGGCCGCCGUCCCUGCAGGGGCGUUUCGUCGGAAAACACUUCAACCAACCGAUCAAGGGCGUUGUUUGGCCGUUGUCGCUGAAUGCUCAUCUUUGA